CUUCUCGGGGGAUCCCGGUCGGGAGGGGAGGCUGCGGAGCCGCGAGUGAAGCGAUGCCUGGCCCCUUGGCUCUGGGCGCGAUGGUAGCCGCGCUGGUGGCCUCAAUGCUCCUGCUGCAGCGUGGGGACGAGGGGUCCGGGGCUGGCCCCAGCAUGGUGGACAAGGAGGCUCUGCCGAAGCUUCGGGAAGACUUCAAGAUGCAGAAUAAAUCAGUCUUUAUUUUGGGCGCCAGCGGGGAAACCGGCAAAGUACUUUUAAAAGAAAUUCUGGGACAGAACCUGUUUUCCAAAGUUACGCUGAUUGGCCGGAGGAAGCUCACAUUCGAGGAGGAAGCUUAUAAAAACGUGAAUCAAGAAGUGGUGGACUUUGAGAAGCUGGAUGACUACGCUUCUGCCUUUCAAGGUCACGAUGUUGGAUUCUGUUGCCUGGGAACCACCAGGAAAAAAGCCGGAGCGGAAGGAUUCGUCCGUGUUGACCGAGAUUAUGUGCUGAAGUCUGCAGAGCUGGCAAAAGCGGGAGGCUGCAAACAUUUCAACCUGCUGUCCUCCAAGGGGGCCGACAAGUCCAGCAAUUUCUUAUACUUACAAGUAAAGGGAGAAGUGGAAGCCAAGGUUGAAGAAUUAAAGUUUGAUCGCUUCUCAGUGUUUCGUCCAGGAGUCCUACUGUGUGACAGACAAGAGUCUCGUCCAGCUGAAUGGCUGGUUAGGAAAUUCUUCAGCUCUCUGCCAACCUCCUGGGCCAGUGGGCACUCUGUGCCUGUGGUGACGGUGGUGAGGGCGAUGCUGAACAACCUGGUGAGUCCCAGCAGUGGACAAAUGGAACUUCUGGAAAAUAAAGCCAUCAUCCACCUGGGGAAAGAAGGUGAUGUGCCCAAGCUGUGACUGUGCAGGAGGACAGCUUGUUCUCAAACCUCAGUGCCUGUCACCAAAUCAGUCAUUUGGGGGGUCUAUAAAACUGUCUCUCUCUAGUCUUUGUGGUGUCCCUCUCCUCAUCCAUGCAGCUCCCAGGAAACAACAGUGCUCUGCACCAGUUGUUGAUGUACCAGUUGUACAUUGAAGUCACCCAGGGAGCUGUGGAAGGACAGGUUUGCGUCACAAACCUUCUGGAGUUGGUGGGUUGAGGACAGGGAUCUGUGAUUUUUGACUUCCAUGUCCACUGGAGGCCUCUGUGCCUCUGGUUGUGAGCCCAGCUUUGAAGCACUCCUACAGAGACACCUGAGCAGUGGGGCCCUCACACUCCAGGCAGGCGGGUGCUGGUGAGGCUUGUUGACAGUCUAGUCACUCCAAGCUGCAUAGUGCUGAUGAGCUGCAUGGUGCUGAGUGGACACUGUGCCUUUUUUCUACGUGUCAGCACAGACGUUAUGAAAUGAGCUCCUGUGAUUCUUUGAGGAAUAAAAGUAAAUGGA